AAAUUCCAAUUGGAAUAGAUUUUCAUGCGCAUGUGUUUGUGCUGAUUAAGUGUGUGUGUGUGAAAUGUUGAUGAUGAACCGAAAUUUGCAAAAAUUACGUAGCGAAAAAGGGCAUUUUUUAUUAAAUUACCAGAAAAAUCGCGAUAAUUGAAUUACAGUGGUGCUGUGCAGCAAUAUCAGUGCUUUUUGGUGCAAAAUCGCCUCAGUGGAUGCAGUGAAAAGUGUUGAGAAGGCAAAAUACGCAGAAAGGGGCAAAAACAUCCGGAGGUUGAGGAAAAGUUUGGCGGAGAAAAAAGGGGCACAACCAUCCCCCGGUGGCUGAUUUUGGUGCAAUUGUCAAAUUGGGGUGCUUCUGUGGGGCCGCUCAUGGUGCGGAGGAUGUGAAAGUGAACAUCCGGUGGACUCUGUGUGGGUGUUUUCGUGCGGCUUUGUUGUGUAGAGUGAUAGACGUAGGAGAGGGAGCAGCUCACGGGGGCACGGUGGGACUUUCCGCAAAGAGAAAAAGCCAAAAACCAAGGGGGGAAGCUUUGGAAGACGUGGGGUGGUGCAAAAUGUUAGAGAUUUGGGGGGAAAUUAGAGAGGAGCAGGACGUAUUGGUUGUCUCAUGAUUGCUCCCCCUUUGUGACGACGUAUAACCUUUCGGCCAAGACAGCAGCCCCCCAUUGUGGAAUCCUCAUAGCCGGGAGGUGUUGUGUACAGAGAGUUCCCCGUAGACUGCCAGAGAGACUGUUCCCCGUUGUGGGCAGAGUGCGUGCGUGCAGUGUUGAGAAUCUUGUGAUAUGGGUGCCAAAGCGAGUACGGCCAAUGGGGGGGAGCAUCAGCAUCACCAUCAGCAGAGUCCCCGUACCAGAACCUUCUCCACAAGCAGCAGCAGUGACGUUGUGAAUGGCGGCGGGGCGGGUUUCAAUCUCCUCCGUGCCAUUCCGGGCAUCCAGAUGACCGCCGCCACCUCGUCGCAGGAUCGCCAGCGAGCACGGAGCUUGUCCAGCGUUCCGGAUUUGCAGAAUGCAACUGGGGCGCGCGAACGUGACACAGCCGGUGCUAGUGGUGGACACGACACCAUCACCAUUCAGCAGACUUUUGAGCACCACUCCCUCAAUCCAGACGACCCCAACCCCCUGGAGGCUCACGUGGCCAAUGCCCUCACGCUCAAUCGAGUCUUCACGGCCACAUCGCUGCCUUCGCAUUGGUCCCUCAAUGGUACGUACCGUGCAGAUAUAAAAUGUCCUUUCUGCAACAAAUUCGUUUUAUCCGACGAUAUUGAGUGUCAUUUAGUAAUGUGCCUAACAAAGCCUCGCCUAUCUUACAACGAGGACAUAUUGAGUGAUGCCAAAGGGGAAUGUGUGAUCUGCCUGGAUGAUUUAUCUCCCGGCGAUGUGAUAGCCAGACUGCCGUGUCUCUGUGUCUACCAUAAAGGGUGCAUUGACAAGUGGUUUGAGGUGAAUCGAAGCUGUCCAGAACAUCCUGGCGACUGAGUGGUUCACACAACGACAGAUUUUGCCGACCCAUUAACAUUUCAAUGCCAUUUUUAUUUUUUUUUAAAUAAUUUUUUUCGCGACGAAGAAGGUGAUGGAAACACACACACACGGGGUGAAAAGUAAGUAAGAAAAAAAGAAGGAAAAAUGAUGGGCGGGUGGUGUUUUAAAUCAAAUUCGAGACUGUAUAUAAAAUAGCGAUGAGAGUAUGAAGAAUACUAAAAUAACAAGAUUUUUAGACUAAAUAAAAAAUGUAGAAUAAUUUACACAAACCGGAUGGCAAAAGGAGAGACAUUUUCAAAAAGGAAAUUCGCUCUUCGCGCAGAUAAAAAUUGAAGAAAAAAAAAUGUUUAAAGAUUCAUCAAAGUGUCAAUCUCUCUGAAUUUAUUCAUUCAACUGAGAAAUAAAAAGAAAAUUCUGAGAGAAAUUGCAAAUAAGGACAAUUUGACAUUUUUUAUUAUUGAAAUAUUAGAUAAGAAAAUUUUUGAGGGUGUCCUUAAUUCGCAAAAAAGGGGGUGAAAAUGCAAAUUUGGUGCUGUUUUUUAAUUCUUUAUCGAUUGAUGGAUUGAUUGUUUAAUUAAUUAAUUAAUUGAUUAAUUAAUGGAUUAAUGAAUUAAUUAAUUUAAAAAAUUUUAAUUCAAAUUUAUGUUUUGACUAAAAUAAUUCUUGACCUACCCUAGAAAUUUCCUUGCAGUUUUCUUUUCUUUUAGAAUUUUCUGAGAGAUAAAACGUUUACUAUUUAAAAAAAAUCUAAGUUUUCAAUAAAUUAGGACGUUCUCUGUUGUUGAAAGCUAAAUUUUAAAUCAAAUAACAAAUCUGCAAGAAAAAACAUUUCCAAUUCUUCCUAAACCGGAUAAAGGAGUAACAGAACAAGAACACUCAAAACGUCCUGAAAAUAAUGUGAAAAAUCUUUACAAAACUUUUAAUCCCUCAAUCUAAUAAAGAAAAUUAAAAUCAAACGUGCCAAAUUUGUUAAUUUUCGCGAAUUUCCCCGGACUUUGGGACACCCUGUAAGGUGAGAAAAUGAGCUGAAAAUGCGAAAAUGCGCAAGAAAAACAUUGUUGAUUUUUUUGUUCAAUUAUUUUCGUGGUAAAAAAGCAAAAGAAAAUGCCAUUUGAAGAGGGGGAGAGUGACUGAUUGCGUGCUUAAAAUGAGUAUAAAAGAAAGAAAAAAAUAUUUCGUGGAUUAAGCAAAAGAAGCAUUAUCAAUAAAAAUGCACCAAUACGACCGUAAUCGAUAAUUUAAAAUUUUUCACUCUCAAACUGUUGCUGCGUCAAAAAAAUUGUUUUUCUAUUAAACAAAAAAAAAUAGAUGAAGAAAAAACAAACGUUAAACGGUCUUUAUUCAAUCAUCGAUGAUUGAUUUUACACCCAUUUUUUUCCGUGUAAAUAAAAUUCUCUUUUUGUAGAUAAAUUUAAGGAUAAAAAAAUAGAAAAAAUAAACAUUUACUAUGAUAAAGAAUUUCUACAUUUUGAAAUGAAAAAAAAAAAGAGAAGAAAAUAUAUUAAAAUAGAAGAAGAAUGUGGUGCAAAUGAGAGUUAUCCAGCCAAGAGACGCACGAUUUUUUUUAAUAUGAGGAAAAUGCAACCAAAAGGUGAGAAAAAAAUGUGAAGAGCGGGAAAAAUUGGCACAUUGUCUGUGAUUUCUUCCUCGUAAAAAAAAAGAAAAAAUAAGAUGAAAAUUAGAGAGAAAAUUUCCCCCCAGUUUCUUAUAGUCGUGUAGAUUCAGCAACGAAAUUAGGAACGGUCAAGUGAACAUUUAUCACGUUGAUUUUCUUUUUUUUUUUUGACUCUUUCUUCCUACCUUUACAUCAUAUCUCUUGGCAAUGUGAUGAAGAAAACCAAGAGAAUACAGUGGUGGAAGGAUUUAUAGGCACAUUGAAUAAAAUUAACAUUUUUUCUUUUAUUACUUUACGAAUUUUAAUUCUAAAAUUUCAAGACAAUUUUUAGAAUAAUUUCAGGUUAAUCAGGGGAUUAAAUUGAUCCUAAACUACAAAUUUAAAAUUUCCUUCGAGAGUCUUUCUUAUUUUUGAGAAUUAAAAAAACAAUUUCUAGGCUUGAAUAAGGUUAAUUCGAUAAACGAAAUGUCAAAAUUUAAAGUGAACAAAAAAGAAUAAGGAUCGAUAAAACUUCUUAUUUUCAUUGGAAUUAGUCGGGAAAAGACGGUAAAGAUUUACCCAAAAAUGUAAACAAUGACGUAAUUUAUGUGUUUUUAGUCUCUUUCAAUGUUUGAAGCAUGGAAAUACAUUAUUCGAUUCAUAUAGGAUAUUAAGAGACACAAAACUCACAAUUGUGACACUGAAUUAAUUUAAUCUAAGUCUUUAUUUAAAAAUUCGGAUUAUAUUAGCGAAUAUUCUGAUGAUUUAUCAAAAGAUAAAAAUAUUCGAAAGAUUAGUUUUUAGUUCUAAAGACUCACAAUGAAGCCAAUCCAGGCUCUUUAAAUUAUUAAAACUUUGAAAAGUAAAACAACCUAGAAAGUACUAAAUUCAAGUGAAAAAUUAUUCGGAUUUUAGUCCUAAAGAGAUUCAGAUUGAGGAGUAAAGGUCUGAAAAAUACUAAAUUCAACAGAAUGAGUACUAAAUUCGCCUAAAAAUCAAUAUGUAGGCAAAUAAAUAUCCCUUGUUGUGACGUCAUUGUUUGCAUUUUUGGAAAAUUAUUCCAGGUUUUUUUUCCAAUCAGUUCCAGUCAAAAUAGAAAGCCUGUUGAAUAUUUUUUAUUCUUCUUUUGACUCUCUGCAAACCGGGUAAACUCCUUUAUUUUAUUUCCUCACUCAGCAUUUAAAUGAGUAAAAUACUUAGUCGUUAUGUAUGGAAGCAAACGUUAAACUGUACUAAUGGGUUGUUAAAAUGAUUAAAUUAUAUUUUGUAGAAUAAACAAGAAUAUGAUAAAAUUAUAGAAAUAAUCGAAAUCCUUUUUUUUUUUUGAGAACUAAAAUUUAUUUGGAGGUGAAAUUUAAAUUAUUAGUUGAUUAAUUAAUUAAUUUUGUUCAGUAUUUUAUUGAUUCUAAAUGAUUAAUUUUCUUAACGCAGAGAGGCUGUUCUUUGUGCGUUAAGAAAAUUAUUUUUAGCCUCAAAUUAAAUGAAAUUUUUUUGUGAACUUUUAGCACCUUUUAAACAUUUUUUAAAUCAACUCUUAACCGCUCUCUGAAUCUAACUGAAAUGCUUUAAAAAUAAACAUGAAACUGAAGCAAUUAAAAGGAAAUUACAUACAACAUUUGCAAGAGAAAGCAAAAAGAAAAUAAGCAAUGAUUGAAUUUGAGGACCAAAUGAAAACCAGAUAAAAAAAAAACUUUUCUUUAAGAAAAUUCUUGUUUAUUCUAUGAUUUUUUCUGUAUAAUCAGCUAAAAAAAAUCAAAUUAUGUGCCUACAAAUCCUUCCGUUGCUGCACUUUGAAUCAACUGUAGAUUUUCCUGACAAGGGGGGGGUGAAAAAAAGAACUAUUUUGGGCAGAAAAUAGAGCGAAUUAAUAGAAGAGAAAAACAAGUGAAGCAAAGAAGGAACCUAGCAAGGAGGAUUGCUGCUUUCAUAAAAUUUACAAUAAGACACACCAGGAUAAUUUCUAUAAGACGAAUAUUUGUAACAAUUUGUUGUCUAUUAAAUAAUUACAGUAAAAUAAACCAUUUGAGAGAAGUGAAUUUA